UACUCCGACCCGUAUUAAAAUGGUAUCCAACAAAUUAAAUUAUGGACUACUUUACAAUUGGCUAUGUUGCUUUGAAUAAUGAAUCAUUAUUUGACCAAUAAACAUUUGGACUGAUCGAGGACGACGGAUGUCAAGACCUUCAGGAAAACGAGGCUCAACAAACCAAGUACUUAUUAACCAGUAGCUUGUCAAAACUCACGAGUUUUUGUCUCAGCUCUGUACAUCGAUCAGAGGAAGGGCCAGCCAAACGAGGUGCAAGGAGCUAUCUAGCUAGUCAGCUAAUAAAACAGAGAGAAAAUUUUAACUACUCAAACAUGUCUUCUGCGUCAAAUUACCAAUCCUACCCUCCUCUGUUUCGUCCAUCCGCAGAAGCAAAAACAGGGGAGUCGUUAAAUCCGGCGGUGAAGUCAACGGCGGUAGGAGACGGCGACUACGACGGCGUUCCGGUCAUAGAUUUCGGGUGCAUGACGGAAAUAAGGGCGGCAUGCAGGGAGUGGGGAUUGUUCAGGCUGGUCAACCACGGAGUCCCGGAAAGGUUAAUGAGUCAAAUGCUGGAACGCACCGAGAAGGUGUUUUCCAUGGCGUUUGAAGCCAAGCGAGAAGCUUUCAGGGACGCUGAGAUGUCGUACUUCUGGGGAACUCCGGCCGUCACGCCGUCCGGGGCGGCGGUAGCCUCCAAGAGCAGCCGCAGCCCUCAUUGGAUGGAAGGACUGAACGUGCCACUCAAACGCGUGUCUCAAUAUCAUUGCAAAGAACCGACAUCGUUUAAGUAUUUCAGAUCCUUGGUGCAAGAAUAUGGGAAGCAUCAGAGCAGAGUGGGUAAAGCAAUAUACGAAGCACUACUUUCAGAGAAGAUAAAUUUUGGAGCAAAAACUACAAGUAAUUGCAGCAAAGAAUUAGGAAGGGGUGUUAUAAGUUAUCUCUCAGAAGACACAGGAAUUCUACGUCUAUACCGAUAUCUUCGUUGUAUAGAUGAGACGGGAAAGGAGGAAGAAGGACGGGCGUGGGGAAUUGACGCCCACACUGAUAGCUCCCUCCUCUCCAUCAUCCAUCAAGACCUUAUUGGCGGCCUUGAAGUUUACAACCACCACCAAUGGAUCCAAGUCAAACCUAUCCCCAACACUCUCAUAUGAAUAUUAUUAGUGUUACAUAUGAAUAUAGAAUACGUAUAAGGUGAAUGUGAUUUUACACCCACGUUUUGGGCGAUAUUGGAUUGUUCAAAAUCAUUAGUUUUUUUAAGCAAUGAAGAUCUGAGCCCAGUGGUUGAGACUUGAGAUCAUUGGAUGAAUGGAGUGAAAAGAGAGUAAAAGCCUUAUCAGAUGAGACAUCUCAAAUGGGUAAAUGCUAUAAAACAAUACCAAAAUU